AUGUCAAGCAAACGUUACAAGUACAGGUAUAUUAUCGUGAGCAUCCCAACACAGGUUGCUAAAUACGGUCCAGAAUCAAAUGUUAGCGGAACAGAUUCCGCUGGAUUUACAGCUCUCAUACAUGCCUCGCGAGAUGGUAACCGUUCUACCGUGGAAUCCAUCCUCGGUUUGCCGGAUGUGGAUGUAAAUGUUCAAACCAAAUACGGAGAGACAGCACUCAUAUGGGCAGCUUUGAAAGGCCAUCUUCACAUUGUUAAGCGGCUUUUACUUGUCCCAGGAAUCAAGGUUAAUACACAAAGUAACGUCGGAUUCACGGCUCUCAUAACCGCCACGCGAGAGGGUCACUAUUCUAUUGUGGAGGCCAUUCUCGGCUUCCCGGAGGUGGAUGUCAAUAUCGAAACCCAAUACGGUGAAACAGCACUCAUAUGGGCAUCUUUGAAAGGCUACCUUCACAUCGUUAAGCGUCUUUUGCUUAUCCCAGGGAUCGGGAUUAAUAUACAAAACAACUCUGGAUUCACUGCUCUCAUAUGCGCUUCACUACAUGGUUACCUUUCUAUUGUGGACGCCAUCCUUGGAUUUCCUGGAGUAGAUGUGAAUUUGCAAAACCACAAGGGCGAGACGGCACUCAUGUCGGCAACUACGAAAAACCAUCUUCACAUCGUUAAGCGGCUCUUACUUGUCCCAGGCAUCAAGGUUAAUACACAAGAUAACACCGGAUUUACGGCUCUUAUAAUUGCCUCUGGAGGGGGUCUCCAGUCCAUUGUGGACGCCAUACUCGAUUUUCCGGAGGUUGAUGUCGGUAUCCAAACCCAAUAUGGCGAGACCGCACUUUUAUGGGCAUCUUCUAAAGGCCACCUUGACAUUGUCAAACGACUAUUGCUUGUGCCAGGAAUCGAGAUCAAUACGCAAAACAACUCCGGAUUUACAGCUCUCAUAUCCGCUUCGCGACAUGGUCACCUUUCUGUUGUAGACACCAUCCUGCGGUUUCCGGGUGUGGAUGUAAAUAUCGAAAAUUAUCAAGGCCACACAGCUCUUACAUGCGCUUCUUCAAAUGGUCAUGUUGAAGUUGCUCAGCGACUUUUGUCUAUCCCAGGGAUUAAUGGUAGAAGUGAGGCUGUCCUACCUGCACCCGAUUCCCAGCGUUGGUGGUCUGCUAGUAAUCUGCAGCUUGGAUUCAGAGGGGGUAAAGGAGGAUUAUUCAAUGCUAUACGUAGGAAUAAUAAGUAA